UUAGUCUUACCAUGAAAUUUAUAAGUUUACAAAAUCAUCGAUCGAAAUAAAUGAAAGACGAUCGUCGCGACCAUUAGGAAAUAUUCAAAAUGGAUUAUUAGAAAGUAACGAUCACACUCCGAAUCGAGAUGGUUCGGAUCUUUCUAUUAAAUCUGAAGCUUCAGAAGGAAUGGAAAAUACAUUAAUCCGACGCAAGAAAAUGCAAGGAAUAAAGGGAAUAGGUUGGCGGAGACGAGCAGAGCAAAGGAUGAUACGCAUGGAAGAACAAAUUGAAGAGGUCAUAAAAAUAAAUAAAAACGAUGAAAAAUUUGUUGAAAAUACGGUUAAUUUGGAAGAAUCCAUCGUAAUUGAAAACGGAGAGCAGAUUACAAAAAUUCAAGGCGUGGCAUUCACAAGUACCCAGUUAACAGAUGGAUUGCGUCAACCAACUAUGAAAAAAAGACUUUGCACCUUGGUGCCAGUCGUUUGGUCUCCGGCAAUGAUAGAGAAAAGUUAUCUUAAACCACCAACGGCUACUGGCGAUUAUCAUUUAAUAAAUGAUGCUGAUAAAUUAAUAUUUGAUCAAUUAUAUCUGCAUCUCCAACAUCGCAGAAAAAUUUUAUUUAAAAAAGGAAGUUCUGAUGAUCUGGAAAUAUAUUCCAAAACCUGGUUAGUUCGAAGAUGCACCGAACUACGA